UAUUAAAUAACAUUGUUGAAUACUCAUACGAAAUGUGCGCUUUGAAAUCCAAUGAACUUUUAAAAGCUUUUAAAGAUUGUGGUUGGGACAUAAACAGAUUGUAUCGAAAUGGUCAGGCGGUAAUUCAUAGCGUUUGUGAAAGGAAUGACAGUGAUACACUUCAAUUUAUUAUUGACAAUGAGGCAGAAAUUAAUGUAUAUGAUUCUCGGAAACAAAUGCCGAUACAUUACGCCUGUAAAAGUGGAGAUGUAAAUGUUGUGGAAUUACUUUUAGAUAAAGGUGUGAAUGCGGAUAUUCCUGAUAAAGAUGGUAAACUGCCAAUACAUUACGCCUGUAAACGUGGACAUGUAAAUGUUGUAAAAUUACUUUUAGAUAAAGGUGUGAAUGUGGAUAUUUCUGAUAAAGAUGGUAAACUGCCAAUACAUUACUCCUGUGAAAGUGGAGAUGUAAAUGUUGUGGAAUUACUUUUAGAUAAAGGUGUGAAUGUGCAUAUUCCUGAUGAAAAGUUAUAAAAAUUUUAUAUUUAUUAUAAUUGCUGCAAAAUAAUUUAUGUAAUGUAUUGGAAUGUAGUUAUUAUAUUUUGUCAUUUCCACUGGUUACUUCGUAAUAUACUUUUUUUUGGAAAUAGUUGUGUCAACAUGUGUACAUAAUUAUUUUUUUUUGUAAAUAUACUAUAUUAUAUAUUUCUACGAUUUUAAUAAAAUGUGAAUAAAAGAUUAUCCA